AUGAAAACGGAGGGCACACGCCGAGCAGCCGACGGAACUGAACCGGAAGCUAUCAUUGACUUGACCGAAGAGGGAGAACCCGUCGUUAAGCGACUACUCGGAGAAGUAGCAGUCUUAAAAAUGCCGAAAAAACCAAACCAAACGGAGAAUCCGCCAAGACGCGCCUUGCAGGAGAGCUCGGAGGAGGAAGUGGACCUCCACCAGGAAGGUGCUUCCACAAGCCUGGGCCUGUCCCGCUGGCUGCCCCGUUGGCUGACCCUUCGCAACUCAGCCGAUGGUGAUUCGCCAUCCGAGGGCAAGACACCCCCCUCGUCGCCGCUUGCGAAGCGCAAGAAAUACUCGCGCCGAUCUUCGCCCAAGCCUCGCGACUCCGCCAGGGACCUCUCUCCGAUUCCGGGAAUGGUCUACGAUGGAUCUGCUACUCCUACUCCCAGGAAGAGCCCCAGGCCCUCGCGGAGCACCAUGACAAUCAGAAUGGAUCAGCAUCGCAUCGUUACGCUCCCGAGCACUGACUGUGAAAGGUGCGACAAGUUCAUGACCUUUCAUUCAAAAUACAAUCCGCUAGAUUAAAUAAAAGUCUUUCCUCAACAACCCCAUGU